AUGGUCGACAGCCUGAACUUAGUUCUGAGUGCUGACCUUGAAGACAACAACUACCAGAAAGUAAAGGUAGCAGUCCUCGAUACGGGAAUAUCGCCAAAAGCUGCUGAGGGAUUCGAGAUCCAGGGCCGGAUGUACCGAGACUUCACGGACCGUCCAGAUGAAAACAUGCGCGAUGACACUGGCCAUGGGACAUCCGUGGUUGACUUGGUUUACAAAAUUUGCGAGCCUGCAGAGGUUUACGUCGCAAGAGUUAUGGAAAAGAGCCAUGCCAUAAGGAAUUCGGUGGAUGCAGUAAUCAGAGCACUAAAAUGGGCAAUGAGCAAUGAGGUUGACAUCAUUUGCAUGGCGAUUGGUUUCGCAACCGAGGUCCCAGAGUUGAAGACGGUCUUGAAGAAGGCGUUUGCAGCUAAUAUUCUUGUGUUCGCGGCGGCUUCCAACCACAACAACAUGAGCGGGGUUGUGUAUCCGGCUCGCUGGAACGACUGCGUUUUCGGCGUCUUCUCGACGAACGCCGGCGCAAAGAACUCGCGCAAAAUCAACCCUACCGGGAGCGGCAAAGACGAGAACUUUGCGAUCCUUGGAGAGGACAUCAAAGUCUUCACAGGCGAGACGCAGAAGGGUACGUCGUACUCAACCGCGAUCGCUUGCGGCUUGGCAGCUCGCUUGCUCGAUUUUGCCAAACAAAAUCCCGUUGCCGGGGGUAUAUAUGGUAAUCUUUGCAAUGAUCUGAAAGAAAAGGCGGGGAUGGCGAAAGUCUUGUGCGGGAUCUCGGAGAAGGACGAGGAGUACCAUUGUAUUGCCCCGUGGAAGCUUCUCCCAGAGAAUCUACGUUGGCAAUCGGACGAUCCAUCGGAGGAAGAGAUCCAACAGGCAAGGGUGAGCGUGAUGAAUAGAAUUGCGCACUACCUGGAGAAAUUCUAG